AUGGCAGAGAAGGAAGGAGGCAUUGUCAAUAAGGGCCACGAAGAGGGACUAAAACUGGCGAUUUCACUCCUCGAAGAGUUUGGACUCCCACUUGGACUUCUCCCUCUAGCCAACGUGGUCGAGGUUGGCUAUGUCAAGAGCACCGGGUACAUGUGGAUCGUCCAAGAAAAGAACGUUGAGCACGAGUUUAAGAUGAUCAGCAAGCUCGUGAGCUAUGACUCCGAGAUUUAUGGCUAUGUGGAGAAGACGAAGAUUAAGAAGCUCAAGGGUGUCAAGGCCAAAGAGCUCAUGCUCUGGCCACCAGUUAGCGAAAUCAGUCUAGAUGAUCCACCCACCGGAAAGAUCCACUUUAAGAGCCUCGCCGGCAUCACCAAGACCUUCCCGGUGGAGGCUUUUGCUGCUGGCCAGUAA